GGAGCUGUCCGUGUCAGUCGGUGCUGAACCGUUUUCGCCGAAGCAGCUUCUCCCUCCGGCGCAGAAGGACGCAGAGUGCGGGAGUGAUGGAGGAAGAGCUGAAAUGUCCCGUUUGCGGUUCUUUCUUCAAGGACCCGGUCCUGUUGCCCUGCUCCCACAAUGUGUGCCUGGCUUGCGCCCGGAACAUCACCGUGCAGACCCCGGACGGAGAGACCCCGGUGCAGAGCCGCGCCUCGGGCAGCUCUGACUACGACUACCUGGACAUGGACAAGAUGAGUCUGUACAGCGAGACGGACAGCGGUUACGGAUCCUACACUCCGUGCCAGCUCAAGUCUCCAAACGGGGUCCGGGUGUUUCCUCCGGUCAUCCCUCACCGGAACUGCUCCCUCACCUGCCCGCUGUGCCACCGGAGCGUCUCCCUGGACGAACGGGGGCUCAGGGGUUUUCCUCGGAACCGGUUGCUGGAGGCCAUUGUGGCGCGGUACCAGCAGAACCGCGCUCCCUCCUCUUCCUCUUCCUCAUCCUCAUCCUCCUCCUCCGCCGUCAAGUGUCAGCUGUGCGACCGGAACCCGGUGAUGGCCACGGUCAUGUGCGAGCAGUGCGACGUCUACUAUUGUAACGCUUGCCAGCAGCGGUGCCACCCGUCCCGCGGUCCGCUUGCCAAGCACCGCCUGGUUCCGCCGCCGAGCCCGGCGGCUCAAGCGGGAGCGGCGGCUGGGGGCGCUGGAGUGGGCAGCGGGGGUCAGCAUCCGCCGCUUACCGCGAGAAAACCGGCGACCUGCUUGGAUCACGAAGCGGAAAACUUCAGCAUGUACUGCUGCAGCUGCAGGGUUCCGGUGUGCGGGAAGUGUCAGGAGGAGGGGAAACACUCCAAGCAUGACGUCAAACCACUGGCUGUGAUGUGGAAGCAGCACAAGUGCCAGCUCUCACAGGCUCUAAAUGGCGUCUCGGACAAAGCCAAAGAAGCUAAGGAGUUUCUGGUUCAGCUGAAGAACAUGUUGCAGCAGAUACAGGAAAGCGGCGUGGAGUUUGAAGCUUGCCUUGUGGCACAGUGUGACUCUCUGAUCGAGGCGCUGACGAGACAAAAGGCCAAAAUGCUCACAAAGGUCACCAAGGAGAAGGAAUACAAACUGAAGGUGGUCCGUGACCAGAUCACCCACUGCACCAUGAAGCUACGGCAGACCACCGGCAUGAUGGAGUACUGUCUGGAAGUCCUGAAGGAGAACGACCCCAGUGGUUUCCUACAGAUCUCAGAUGCUCUCAUCAAACGGGUGACGUUGUCUCAGGAUCAGUGGGUGAAAGGGGCUCUGGAGCCCAAGGUUGGCCCCGACUUCGACCUCACGCUCAACACCGACUCGCUGCUGCAGACCAUCCUGCAGCUGGACUUUCACCAGGGCAAAGAUGUGCAGGAGAAACCAUUAAUGAAUCAAAUGCAGGCAGCAGACAGUGGUGAGGCUGAGCAGGAGGCGGAAAGCCCAGGAGUGGAAUCCGGACCUGCAGUACCUGCUGCUCCCCUCCUGCAGCUGGAGAAGUGCUGCACCAGGAACAACAGCGCCACCCUGGCCUGGAGGGUAACUGCGCCUGCAGCGACCCCCACCGAGGGCUACAUCCUGGAGCUGGAUGAUGGAAACGGAGGACAGUACAGGGAGGUGUACGUGGGGAAGGAGACCAUGUGCACGGUGGACGGGCUGCAUUUCAACAGCUCCUACAACGCCAGAGUGAAGGCCUACAACACCGUCGGAGUGGGACCGUACAGCAAGACGGUGGUGCUGAAGACUUCUGAUGUGGCUUGGUUCACCUUUGACCCCACCUCGGCUCACCGGGACAUCGUCCUGUCUAACGAAAACCAAACCGCCUCGUGCAACAGCUACGACGACCGCGUGGUUCUGGGGACCGCUGCCUUUUCUAAGGGCGUCCACUACUGGGAGGUCGGCAUCGAUCGCUAUGACAACCACCCAGACCCAGCGUUUGGGGUGGCGAGGAUCAACACCAUGAAGGAGAUGAUGCUGGGGAAAGACGACAAGGCGUGGGCCAUGUACGUGGACAACAACCGCUCCUGGUUCAUGCACAACAACUCCCACACCAACAGGGCGGAGGGGGGCAUCACUAAAGGCUCGACUGUGGGCGUCCUGCUGGAUCUGACCAAACGGACUCUAACGUUCUACAUAAACAAGCAGCAGCACGGCCCCAUGGCCUUCGAGAACCUGGACGGUGUCUUUGUGCCUGCCGUCAGCCUCAACAGAAACGUACAGGUGACCUUACUGACGGGUCUGGAGGUGCCACAGAACAUCAAGCAGUAGGAGGAGCUCCUUCCUCCACUCUGAAUGUGAACCUCUGAUGUCAGGUGCUCUCUCACUUCCCACGUGGAGGGGAUUGACCUCAACCGCCUCGAGGUCGUCUCAGAAGAGAUGAUUGGCUGUUUAUUUAUUGCAGGACUUAUUUUAACUCCACUUGUAUUUAUUUAAAAAAGAAAAAACCCUCCUGAAAGCCUGAACCCAAACAGACGUUCUCACUGUGCCGUAGGAACCUCAAGUAUGUUGAUUUUGUUUUCCAUGGCUGGCUAGCUCCUGUAAUCCAUCCCAGCCAGGUGAGGACAGCGUGGGAGUCUCAUGAUAAUUUCAUCCUCUGCUCAUCUCUAAGUCUCUCUGAUGCCUUCGUGCUGAAAGCGAGACUCGAGUCACAUCAGGAAAAGCUACGUCUGCUGCUACAUUUUUCAUCAGGGAUUAUAUACGGCAAGCCGGAGAGGACAGUAGCUUCAACCAGGCCACUGUGACUCCAAGCCCAUAAGUUUAUUUGAGCUUAAUUCAAUGCGUGUCAUCCUGGUUUUUGUCUUUUUAUCCCACGAGUGAGAGAAAUGAGAUUAGACUGGAGUUUCUGUGUUAAAUCUAUAAACUGUAAAUACCGGAACGACGACAUAAAGCAUGGAUUAAGCACUGAAAACAAGUUUACAAACUAUCUGAAGCUGUAAUGUAAAUAGUGUGCUGUUUAAUUGUCUUUGUGCUGAGUGAUGUUGCUGCAGCUAUGGGGACACAUCACCCUCUGCUGGCCAAAGGAGGGAACAGCAGCAGUCACCAGGAUUUCUCGCUGCAGUUUAAUUUCAUAUUUAAACAUUUGGUCAAGGACAUAAGAUGUAAGUAACCCAUCUUAAUCCUCCUGACGGGUCGAUUUUUCAUUGCGAAAGUGUUUUUUACUGCAUUAAUCAGGUAAAGCCUCUAUAAAAGUUAUGUAGUAUGUAGUGCUAUAGAGUAGGAAACUAUAAAGGAGUACUUAAUUAUUUAAUAUUUGCUUUAUAUAAUUUAUUUGUAAUGUAAAAAGCCACAAAACUCUAAUUCUUUCAACUAGAAUUUAUUUAAUGACUCCACUACGUCUCCAUUAGCUGUUUUGAAGGUGUUAUUUAUACUUUAUUAAAGCAAACAAAAAAAUCAUGACAUUUUAAUGCAUAUUUAAACAGUUUUAUUUACAUGUCAGGUUUUUAUCUGUAUAGAUCUUUUGAUUUUGAGCAACGAACAAAUUUACUGUAUGAAAUCUAUCAAAUCCCGGUCUAACGGUCCGUUUUUAGGUCAUUUGCACCAGAUGCAGAGUCUAAUCAGCAGGGCAGGUUCACAAUGUUGUUUAACUUUUAAAAGAUAUUUUAUUUAGAACAACUAUUUUGUUACAGAUUUAAAAGAAAAAGACUGAAAAUGAUGCUUUUGUAUAAAUGUGGUUUUGUGUUUGUUGAGCAUGUCCCUUUACCCGACGACGCCCACCCAGGAAUGUGACUUUCAUCAGAUUUAACCUCUAUGGUGCUGGGAGAACGCAUGCCGCCACGGUUGUUACAUAAUUAACUUAAAACAGCAAAUCUUUUUUUUUUUUUGCUUUAUACCAUCUGUAAAUAUUCAGCCAUGUUUUAUUUCACCUUCUCUGUGAACUCAGUCCACAACGAAGGUUGCCAGUAAAAUAAUAAUUUUAAAAAGCUUUGCAUCUUCAAAAUGUCCUGAAGAUAAAACAGAAUCCACAAAGCUUCGUUCUUUAGGAACAAAUCUUUAAAUGCUGCUUAGAGGAACUUUGUGAGAAACUGACCUAGCUCAGCCGCGCACUGCCACGUUACUUCUGCCCAACCCGGUUUUCAUCCUUUAAGGAAAGAUGUGAAGAAGUGUUAAUAAUUUAUUUGUACUGCAUAAAAACCACCUUUCUAUAAUAUACGUGUUUAUUUCUUCAUAAAAACGGUUUGUUUGUUUUUAAAUCACCAACUUUAUCCUCUAAUGUCUCUGUUCCUGCUGCCAGUGGAAGUGUUUUGUACGACAUGGUUUGUAAAUAAAAAUAAACACUGUAACUGCA